AUGGAGAACACAACUCGCUUGGACGAAAAGGUAUCAAGCAACACAUCAUUCCGUCCCAUGAAUGAAGUCUUCAUCUUCAUGUCACUCUAUGUCUUGCUCUCUUUGUUAACUAUCACUGGAAACACUUUUGUUAUUGUCGCCUUCAAGAAGAUACGAAUCCGAGCUGCUAUCAACAUGUUCUUUGUCAGUCUGGCUGUGUCCGAUUUGAUGGUUGGUGCAGUUUCAAUUCCAUUGUGGAUCUACCAUCUUUCCUGCCCCUCUUUCAAAAGAUGCGGUCUACCAAGCGCCCAUGUGGGAAUCUUUUAUCGAGCGUUCGACGUAUUUAGUGCAAUAGCAUCCACAUCAAACCUUAUAGCCAUAAGUAUUGAACGAUACUUUGCCAUCUGUUGGCCCGUUCAGCACCGAGCGAGCUCCUACAAGCGAUACUACAAAAUGCUGUUCAUCACGUGGAUCUACUCCGUGCUGGUCACAAGCAUUUACUCAGUAGACUUCAGCCCAACAUGGGAACAAUAUCGUGGCCUCCUGGUUUUUGUGGCAGGCUUCGCUCUCCCCCUCAUCGUCCUCAUUGGCAUGUACAGUAGUAUCUACGUGGGUGUGAAGAACAUGAAUGCACACUGGCGAAGAGCAAAGGCCAUGACAUCGAUCCUGGCUAAAAGGGUUCAACAAGAAAGACGAACAGCCCCAACGAUGGUCAUUGUGACUGCCUUGUUCUUAGCUUGCUGGCUUCCAUUUUUCGUGGUGUCCCUGCUCUGGAUUUUUCAAAGUUCAAGUCUACUUGGCGGUGGAAGAGGAAAAGGUUUCAUGCGACUAAUGGACUUCAUAAAAUGGAUGCAUUACAGCAACAGUGCAGUAAACCCGCUUGUGUACGCCUAUCGCAGUGACGAGAUGAGAAGAAUUUUGAUAAAACUACCUGAAAGGGCUUUUGGAAUGGAGCUCGAGAGGCGUCGUGCAAUUCGACCAGAAAAUAGGAACAAUUGGCAUUAA